AAAAGAAUACAUUACCAAAAUGGCUGACGAAAAAUUAACAGCAGUCGACAUGUCUAGUCCACGGACAAAUUCGGGUAUUCCAGAAGCAGUUUUCGUAGAGGAUGUUGAUAAGUUCAUGUCACAGACAGAAAAUGAGUCUGUGGAAGAAGUUCUACGUAGACUAGAUGAGCAGCAUCAGAAAUAUAAGUUUCUAGAAUUUAAUCUUAUGCAGAAAAAGAGGAGGUUAAAGACCCAGAUGCCUGAUAUCAAGACAACUUUAGAUAUUGUGAAAUACAUGCACAAGAAGAAGGAUUCAAGUGAUAACUUGCCAGCCCAGUUCUUGUUGUCGGACCAAGUGUAUGCCAAAGCUACCAUACCUCCAACAGAUAAAGUCUGCCUCUGGCUAGGAGCUAAUGUUAUGCUUGAGUACACACUAGUGGAUGCGGAGAAUUUGCUCUCAAAGAAUUAUGAUAAUGCUCAAAAGACAUUGAAAGAAGCUGAACAAGAUCUGGACUUCUUGCGAGACCAAUAUACCACCACAGAAGUCAAUAUUGCCAGGGUGUACAACUGGAACGUCAAGAAGAAUAAAAAACCAGAUACCAGCUCAUGAUUCAUUUAUUCUUACAAGACUUUUUGCGGAUAAAACAACUUGAGAGAAAUGUUGCUUGUUUUAAUUCUCAUAAUAGACCUCUGUAUUGGGCAUACUCGAUACUCUUAAUUUAUGCGAAUUAAAGACUAUUCUUAAUGUAACUUUUUUCUACUAUUGUAUAUGCUGUAUGUGAUUCAGUCAACAACAUGUUUAAGCAUUUUUCUUAUUGUAUGCAGACAAGCGCGAUGUCGAGUAAACUGUUCUGCUUGACCACUUGCUGAUCAAACUGCUCUCGUGUGUGUGUGUGUGCCCGAAUUUAGUUCUUAGGGAAGAUAGAUAUUCCUACUACUACUUUCAACAUUCAGGAAUGUUUCUUGAUGUUGAACGAAGUUUAGCCAGCCCAGCACAUGCUUAGCUUUCUUCCAUCUGUAACCCACAAAAUCAUAAUUUCAACUGAAGAUGUGGUUGUAAUUUUAAUACAUUGUUAUUAAAAAUUGUUUUUACUGUUUAUUGUUAUUAUUCUUAUUAUCAUAAUAUUAUUAUUAUUAUGAUCAAUAAAUAUUGAUCGCAUACUUGCAAAUUG